CUGCUCGUGUGCUUCCAGCACACGUGAACUAUACCUAAAUGCCGUGCCUGGCCGCGAAUCGCGUGGCGUAGCCAAGCAACGCGCGUGCCAUGACCACCGCGCCGCCGAUAGUCUCCGGCGAAACGGUACUAAGGACGGACCGGGGAAAUUCGUCCCCGACGCGAACAGCCGGGACCGUCGUCGACGUGCGACCACCCCGGGACGCGACGUCGUCGUCGUCGUCGUCGUCGUCGUCGCCGUCGCGGUGGUCUCUGCAUCAGGACGGAAGGAAGGGCGAACGGACGGAUAGACGACGGCCAGACCGACACCGGCCAGGAUUGUUCAUCGAUCGCCAGGAGGAACGGUAUCGCGAGGAGAAAGCUGUUCGGCGAGACCGAGCGCGCGAUCGACCGGGCCAGCUAGACCCCCGUUGUUGUACACUGAGAAAAGGUCGGUCUCCCGCUUGGCAAAUUGACACCUGUCACGGUGUCAACAAGAUCGCGCGAUCAGGCAGCGGCAAGAAGCGACAGUUAUCCUGACGGCUAUCGGAGCCGAGAUCCGACCUGCCUGGAGCAACAAUGACACGCGCGUCUCACGCGCGAGCGAAACCGUCGACGGGUGUCCGUGAAGCCGAGCCUUCGGCCAGGCGGGAGCUACGGCUCUACGUCUGAGGUGCGAUUUGGCUACGAGGAUCCCCCCGAGCGAUCUAACCGGUCGUAAUGCGAAGUCGAUCGUGCUCGGGGGGGAAAGGAGAGAGGCUUGCAUCCGAUGGGCUUUUCCGAGAGGCGUUUCCGGAAACGAUACAUUCCUUUUCGAGACGAUCGCAACGGCGGAGCGGCACGGAUGAUCGAGAUUCUUCCGAUCUUCGCGUGCGAUAACGAUCGACAGUAGCAUGGCAUGUGCAACGCGUGAUCAUCGCGUCGACCUCGAUCCACGAGAUCACUCUGACGAGCCUAACGGGGCGAUUCGAGAAAUAGCUACAGCUCUAAAGAGGGAAAAGGGGAAAAAAUAAAUUAAUCUCACCGGCGCCAAGCGCCAAUUAGCCGCGAUCCAAUGCUAUUUGCGAAAAUCGGGCGGAGACAGGAUUAGCAUCGACGACGUGCGGGACGGCGAGAAUAAGAUAAUGCAAAAGAUAGCGGUGAUGGCCGCGGUGCAGAGGGCCCACGGCUAUCAUAACGGCAGCAACGCUUACGGGGAUGCGAGUAACGCCCCGCCGGAGCAUAACGGCUCCUCGUCGACCAGCAGGAGCGGCCGCUUCGACGCGGAUCUGCACGGCAAUGUUAACAUCCUUCUUGGCGGCGCCAUGAUCAGCGGUGUGAUCAUGAUGGUCGUGCUCAUAUGCUACUGCUGUCACAAAAACGUCCGGAAGCAUCGACCGCAGGAGUACUCGCAAUAUUGGAGAGCCGAGCCGGACAUUCACAGUCUAGAAGUCUUCACCAUGGACACGCACUGCAUCGAGAGAUCGGCAACGUCUCAGGUUCAUCAAGAAGAGGGAGUGCCCACGUCUCUUCCGCCAUGCCCCGUGACUUCGGGCCCGCCGCCGGCCUACGAAAGCCUCAUCUUCGACCCUCGGGCACUGCCCUCGCCGACCGACAAGAAGGACGAGUCUGACGAUCCCGGCAGUAUUAUCUCGCCCCCGAUAAGCAGCUUGCCCACCGAGUCGGAGGCCAACAGGAUCAACAAGCGGGAGGAUAUCCCGAGGGACGAUCAGGGCUUACCUUCGUACGAAGCCGCCCUAAAAUUAGAAGCUGACGGCUACGUUUAAGGAGUGGAUAAGGGGCCGCCGCUAGAACCACUUCGAUCGCGGAUUUCCAAUCGUGAAAAUUUCCAGAGCUCCUAGAUGAAACGCCGAGUCAUGGAUAUCGAGGCAAUAUUCCAUAAUCGACAAGGUGGACUGACUCGGCUGUGGACGAUAGCCGAAGUCAAGUCUCGCGAUAGCAUCUGUGAAAGAAAGAACGUCGUCGACCGUCGUUCCACACGGCGCAAGGAGCUGAGAUUGAUUUUUAAUCGAGGAAAUGGAAGAGGAAAGAAGAGACACAGACGGCUGAGCAAAUUUUCCAAGUAGAUUUGUGAACCAAAAGACAAAGUGUGAGAAACAUUUCUAGCGCAAUUUUUUUGAAAAAUGUUAAGGAACUAUUUUUCUCUCGCGCUUGAAUUAAAAUGCGUAAAAAGUACGGGAUAAUUUUAAUCAAAGAGAUGAAAAGAGAAGAGAAAGGAGUUUUAAAUGAGAAUUUAUUUUUGGAGUUAAUGAAAAAUAAGAGAGAGAGACACAUUGUGCGUUAUAUCAAAAAUAUUCUAAAAAUUUUGGAAUAUUGUUUUCCUCUUGCCUUGUUGAAAGAUUCCAAGUAAUUCUUAAUGUUAGAAUGAAAAGCCACCAAAGAUAAAGUGCCUGAACAUACAUCCUUUUUGUGAAACGUGUGUAAACGGAAGACAAGAUGAAAGAAAAGCGACGAAGCAAUUUCUCGAAAGUACGUACUGUUUUUCCUUCUAUCUUGCCUAAGUAAAACGACACGUAAAAACUCCGAGAGUUUCAGCGACGCGACAUAAUAAGAAAAUUUUUGGAAGAUGCAAUAUCUAAAAGACUUUUCUAUUUUUUGAUGAUCUCUAUGAUUAAAUGUGUGUCGGUAAUAUUUUAAAUAUAGGUAAGAACGCGUCGUAGAAAUAUGUAGGUAUCGAUUUCGAACUCUCUAAAUUUCUUAGAGUGGGAAUACUGCCACUCCAAAAAAGUGAAAUCUCACUGGAGUGGCAAUAUUCCCACUCCAAGAAAUUUAGAGAAAACAUAAAAUGCGCCGAAAUAUAGCCCAAGUUAAUGUCGGCGGUAUGUGAAAACGGUAUAUACGUAAGUCGUAAGGUAUAAUAUAUGUAAGUCGCGGCCGCAGGCAGUGAGCAGAAAGACCUAAUUUCGCAGGUAAUUACAUUUUAUAGAUGUUAAGGAGGAGAAUACUUAACGGCAUAUUUUUCCCGGUCGGUCAUUAGUUUAAGAGAGCAAGAGCGGACAGACGAACGCGGCACCGUUAGAUUACAGUUUCCGUUUGAAUAAACAAUGCGCAUCGCUAUAACGUAAAUGAUAUCUUGGCGUAAUGGGCGCACGACAUCGCGCGGAAUUUAUGUAUUAUACGUUUUCGCUAGGAAAACGCUUCAAAACGUAUCAUUUUACGUAGAACUUUCCCUCUGUACGAUAGAUGAAUAUGUAAAUAAAUAGCUAUGUGCAUUCAA